AUGUGUAAAGGAAUGGAGGAAUUGAUCUAUACGGCCAUUCAGAUAAUAAUGGGCAGUGUUGAAAGAUAUGCCAAUAUAUUGAUGACAAGCAAAUUAAGAUGGAUGAUUUCAAGAAGAAAAUUUUUUCUCACGACCGCCACCAAAAACAUCAUUACCAGCAUCAGCAGCCUUCGCAGCAACAGCAGCCACAGCAACGACAGCCGCAGCAACAGCAGCAGCGACCACAUCAGCCACAACAACAUCAUCAUCAUCAACGAGUCCACAUGGAAUGCUCCAGAGGUUGUUUCUAGAGCCUGUUCAAAGAAGCAUAAGUGUGUCAUUAAUGCAAAUGACGUCAUUGAAAUGCUCGCCUCCCAUUGGUUGACGUUUCAGCUUGACCUUAUUUAUACUUGUGUGGCGAAAUCCUACAGUAACUUCGUACAGCAAGAACUGACCUCCAAACUUCCCAAUCCUUGUUCAUUUCCGCUUUCGCCCGGAAGCCGCGAUGAAAUGGCAUUAACAUUCCACAUUGACGUCGGAGAAUUCGUUUGGAUGUACCAACUGUUUCAGAAUCACAGAGAAAAAAUUCUUCUCUAUAUACUCUUGGCAAUCUCAACCGGCCUAGUCCUAACACUACUGGCCAUCAUCUGCAAAUUAUCAAAUUCGGCACAUCACUACUCGGCAGCAAAUCCCUGCUACCAUGGCAACAACAAUCAGUUCGCCCUCGACAACGCAACCCCUCAGUGCGCUCUUCCUAUUGGCUACUACAAAAGCGGAGGAAGUCGCCUAUUGGGUAACAAAAGUGGGUCAUAUUACUUACACGAGAACGCUGCUGCCAGCGACAAUGAAGGCCGAAGAAGAAAAGUUUCAAGUUACAAAAAUAAAAAUGUCGUGGAAUAUUGCAACAUGGCAGCGAUUAAAAAAUCUUUUUCCGGUUACGGAAUGGCGGGAAUUUUCGCGAGGAAACCGCGAAUGCGUUCCAACGACUGCGAACUGUUGGCCGCCAAAACUAACAACAACAGCAACAACAACAGCAACAGCAACGUCAGAUGUAACAACGUCAAUGAUGACGUCAUCGGAACUGACUCGGCGGUGCAGUUAACCGGUUAUAAUCGCAUCGAUACAUUACGCCGGCCGGUCUGUCGGAUCAUCGUACCGGAAAAUGUUAUAGCAUCUCUAAACAACAACAGCAGCAGCAGCAACAACAACAACAAUAACAACAACAACGUAUUGCAAUGCCAUCGUCAUCCGGAUGGGUCUAUCUGUCACUUGGUUCAACCACUCGGUCAGGACGGAUACGGGCAACAACAUUUUGUUGUCCACCUAGGCAACAGCAGCAGCAACAACAACAACGAUGUUGUUGGUUUCAACAAUUUUAAUGUUGACGUCGCUGCUAACAACAAUCAACUUGUAGCAUUGCAACAGCUGCAACAAAUGAACAACAAAACCGGCCAGCUCAAUAACAGUCAAAUCAUAUUAACACACCAACAACUACAACAGCUGAAUUUGCUGAACGCUCAACAACAACAACAACUUUCCCAACAGCCGAUCAUGUUGGCGCAACCACAACAGCCACAGCAGCAACAACCACAACAGCCACCGCAAACUUCACUACUUCUACAAGCAGGUACGCCAGCUUUUUGGCUACAACAGAAGAAGCAAUCCCUCACGUUGCAACAACACACACAUCACUACCAUCAUCAUCAUAACCAUUCGCAACAACAACAACAACAUUCAUGUUGUUCAUUGGAGAGUCCUUGUGUUGCAGAUAACAACACACAACAACUGCAACAACAACAACUGCAGCAAUUGCCAAUUUUUUUGCAGCCACAGCAGUUACAACCACAAAAUCUCUCGCCAUCACCAUGCCAACAACAACAAAUUUCCCCUUGUUUGUCACCGCAAGUUACUUGCAUUAAUUGUCAACAAUUAUUGCAGCAGCAACAGCAGCAACAACAACUGCAGCUGCCACAACAACAACAGUUACAUCAGCAACAUCAAUGCAUUAAGGAAGAACGAAAGGCGUGCUUUCCUCAACAAAUUGAUCAACAAAUUCACCAGCGACAACACGGCCAACAACAUUUUACUCUUCAAAAACAACAAACAUCGCAACAACAACAACAGCAGCAGAAAAAACAGCAACAACCAGCAACAACAACAACAGCGACAAUACAAUCAACCCAAAGACAAAUAUUGUUUGCAGAACAAUACAAACUACCCUGCUGUUCAACAAACAACAACAACAUCAACUCUAACAACAACUUUAAUGGCAACAACAACAACAACAACAUUAAUCGCAACAGCAACGAUGAAAAUGACAGUUGCAUUGAUGUUGUUGCUAGCGAUCGUAAUAAAUUUCAACAGUCCGUUGCCCACACCGCAGAGAAAAGCAGAAACACCAACAACCUCAUUACCACAGAUGUAUGUGAGAAACAACAACAAAAUGUUGAACAGCAGCUACAACAACAACAAAAUGUUGAGCAACGGCUACAACAAAAUUUUGAGCAACAACGCCAGCAACAUCAACAAUUGUUCGACCUAAUUCAACUGAACUCCCCGUCAAAGCUAAAAAAACAGAGUCGGUCGCCACAACGUGUCUAUGAACAACAGCAACAACAUCAUCAUCAUCAUCAACAACAUCAACAACAACAAUAUCAACAACAACCACAGCCCAAACUGGAACACAAGUCCUUAGAUUUAUUAAACAACAACAACAGCAGCAACAACAACAACGAUGAUGACAACAUGCUAAACACAGCUACGUACAACAACCUGCCAAAACUACACAACAACAUCAACAGCAACAUCAACAACAACAACAACAACUUUAACAACAACAUCGACAACAACAUCAACAGCAACACAUUACAACGACAACACUUCUUGUCUCAGGCGCACAUAAACCAACAACAACACAACGAUCUUCCAAACGUUGAAUACAAUUCUCCGCGAAAAUGCAGCAGCGUUGCAGACGUUCUUAAACCAGACAACGACGACAAUGACACCAGUAACACGAACAAAGACAUCAACCGCCAACAAAACAACAUCAACAACAUCAACAAAAAAAACGUAGACAACAACAACAGCAACAUAGAUACAAAAUACUUCACCAUAUCUCGCCUGCAAAUGGCCGCGGACAAAUGCCGGAUGUGCGAACUUCAACUUAAGGAUGUCAGUUAUCCCAAUCCUUCUUUUCCUCCUCCAUCUCCUCCUCAUCUUUCUCAUCCUCUUCCUCACCAUCUCCCUCACCAUCUCCCUCACCAUGAUAGUAGUUAUCAUCAACAUAGGCACCACCACCACCAGAAUGACGCCGCGUUUGAGAGUCGCUACGCUACGCUCCAAGGCUUCAGAAAGAAAAAUUGUUGA